CAAACAAAAUACUGUUCUUCCAGUUGAAUGUCACGUGAAACUGAAAAUUCAGCAGGAACUAAUGAUUCACAACAAUAGGAGCACGAAACAAAAACACCAACUACUUAUUCGAACUGAUAUAAAUUCCAUAAAUUUGUUCUGGCAUGUUUCGUCGCGUCACCGAAAUUACUUCGAUAAGGAGCUGAUCCGAAAAAAGCUUGGCAUUGCCAGCAGACCAACAGCACUACUAACAACCAAAAACGAGUGGAAAUAUCAUGCUGAAAAUUCUCAAUUAUUGCGUGUUACACAGUGACAAGACUACCGAUGUGUCGUUACGUCUAAUUAACGUGCUUUCGAAACCAAUGUCAUCCUGCACUGCGAUUGAUAGUGGUGCUAACUUGAGGAAAUUAUUCGCUGGAGCAGUGAAAGCUGUACAACCGGCCUCAUUAAUCAAUAAUCAGGUUAAGCUAGCAGAUGGCCACCUAACAGUGAGCGAUCAAAGCUUUCCGCUCGCCAAAUCCUGCCAUGUGGCAGGAUUUGGAAAAGCGGUCCUGGGAAUGGCUCUGGAACUGGAGCGGACUUUAGGCAAUCGAUUGAAGAGGGCAAUAGUGGUCGUUCCAAAAGGAAUUUUUCAAAACUAUCCUCAAUUCAAGCAGGAAAACUCAAAAAUUGCCUUUAUCGAAGGGGCUGCAAAUAAUAUGCCCGAUCGAGAUGCCCUGGUUGGAGCUCAAAGUAUUAAAAAGCUGGCGGAGGAAUUGCAGGAGGACGAUUUGCUCCUGGUUUUAAUUUCAGGAGGCGGGUCAGCACUUUUGCCGCUUCCCAAGCCCCCAAUUACUUUGGAGGAGAAACAAAACGUUAUACAGGGCUUAAGUCGAGGUGGUGCCAACAUUACUGAACUAAAUACGGUUCGAAAGCAUUUGUCAUUGCUGAAAGGUGGAGGUUUGGCAAAACUGGCGUACCCAUCUCGAGUAAUUUCUUUAAUUUUAAGUGAUGUAGUCGGAGAUCCUUUAGAAGUUAUUGCUAGUGGGCCUACUGUUGAUUUUCAAGAGGAUCCAGAUGAGGCAAUUCAGAUUCUGGAAAAAUUUGGACUCUACGAGUCCGCCCCGCUUUCCAUUAAAACCGUGCUGGAAUCUCGAGAAAUGCAAUCAAAUCAUGGAGGCAACGAAACGGCCUGCACGCCAUGCCAGAACUCUAAUAAUAGCUCGACGGAAAAAUCGUUUCCAAAUGGAAAAUUCAACCACGUUUCCAAUUUCAUAAUUGGGACUAAUCGAAUUGCCACAGAUGCAGCCAAAAGUCUCGCCAUGGCUUGGCACUGGCAAACCAUUAUCGUUUCCCAUAAGGUGGAGGAAGACGUGAACAGGCUGGCAGAAAUUUACGUUCAAUUGGCUUACUUGAUCAUUGAUGGUAAGCUUCUGAAAAUCAAAGAACUGCUUGUAGGCCUCCCGUUUGAAUUAGAGGAAAACGCUGUUCGAGACAUUUUAGGGCUGCACAGAAGCAGGAAAAUGCUACUGAUUUUUGCCGGCGAGCCGACUGUGCGGGUAACGGGAACUGGAAAAGGGGGCAGAAACCAACAAUUAGCUUUGGCCUUUUCCCUACAACUUAAUAAACAGGCAACGCAAGCCACAAAUUCUGGAAGCAUUUUUUUGCUGAGCGCCGGAACAGAUGGAAUUGAUGGUCCGACCGAUGCGGCCGGCGCCAUCGUAUCCUCUGGAUUAUCGGCGACCUUCACCAGUCUAGAUAUUAAUCCCGAAGACUAUUUAAAUAAUAACGAUUCCUAUUCUUUUUUUAAUCAGCGCCUUAACGGAGAUUGUCUGGUUAAAAUAGGCCAUUCUGGUACCAAUGUCAUGGAUUUGCACUUUCUAUUAAUUGAACCUAUUAAUUAAUAAAUGAUCAAUUUUG